GAUCAACAGUCAAUUGUUAUCUAAUUUCAUUGUAAAUUGUUCAUCGCUCUUCAAGUAUCUAUGGUUGAGAUGGUUAUCCUUUUCUGGUCAACUUUGUUUACAUAAGAUUUUCGUCUCAUUUUAUUUUGUUGGUUGAUAUCGUUUUGUCCAUUGUUUAGUCCUCGUUUGGUUUGAGUUCAUCUCUUGUUAUAAAUCGUUGUUUGACUUUUAGACUUUUACUUGAAAGUGCAAUCCAUUUGGGGUUGACCAGUUAUGGCUAAAGAUGCUGUUUGGAUAAUUGUUACCAUACCUAAGAAGGAAUAUGAAAAGAUUCUGAAUGAGAAAAAUUAUCACAAAAAAAGUCGCCAUGAAGGGAUGUUACAGAUUAAAAGUUUCCCUGACGAAGAACCAAUGGAAAAGCAAUUGGAGUCUAUUUUACAGUCACUAGGCAUUGAAAGCCCGACUUGGGUUCCUGAUAAGACUGGUAACCGUUACCAUAUUUAUUUCUCAGCUGAUCUGUAUGAAAAUGAUUAUAUAAUUAAUCGGUUAAGAGAGAUUGGUAUUGGUGUUAGAAAAGAGACUUCGUUGGGCUACUUACCUUUUGGUUUGUUUUGGUCAACCGAUGAUGAUCUUAAUGAUCCUGAUUUAAAUAACUUAACUAUAUAUGGACUUAACAAAGAAGAGAACCGUCUUAAAAAGGCUCAAAAGGAUUUCCUUAAAUCUGUUACGUCCAGACUGACAGUUGCUCAAGUUGUUGAAGGAGUCCGUUCAGGUGCUUCAUUAACUUUUGAUUUUGUGGCUUAUACAACAUUUGCCGGGUUUAUUGCUGCCGCGGGUUUACUAAACAACUCUCCUGUGGACAUUGCUGCUGCCAUGAUGAUUGAGCCAAUUAUGGCUACUGUAAUGGCUAUCUGUUUUGGCUCUAUAAUUCAUGAUCGUGGCUUAGCUAAGUUAGGUGCAAUCAAUUUAAUCAUCGUCCUUCUCAUUUGUAUCGUCAUUGGAUUUUUCUAUGGACUUGUAUUCAUGACAUGGUCUACAGCAUGGGAUCCACCACCAGAAGGUGUUUGGCCAACCCCUGAGAUGGAGGUUAGAGGUACUUGGAGGGCUUUAAUUUAUGGUUUAUUGCAAGCAAUGGGAGCUGGUGGAGCAGUUGCAAUCACAUUAUUAAACGAUGCCCAGUGUCCACUAGUAGGAGUUGCCGUGGCCUCAACUUUUCUACCUCCUCAUAUCAACACAGGUCUAUUAUGGGCUUAUGCAUGCCAUCUUCAAUGGAGAGGAAUGGCUCAAGAUUUCAUUACUUACAAUUCAACUUCAACGGGUCAAUUAGUUACAUUAAAACCAGCCUGGAGACCUCAAGAAAAAUACACCGUUCACUAUUAUGAGGAUAUGAGAUAUGAAACUAUUGCUUUAGGUGGUGUCUCGCUACUUCUCACCUAUGUCAAUGUAGUAGGAAUGAUUUUCGUUGCCUACAUCAUGUUAUGGCUCAAACAAGUUGUUCCAAUGGGCAAGAUGGAUUCGAAUAAGAGGUUCUUCAAAGAAGAUAUCGGAGUUGCCCGUUAUUAUAACCGUAAAUCAAUGGCAGUUACAACAGAUGAUGUUAUGGGCAAACGUAUUCUCGAGGAAUGGGCGAAUAUUGCUGGUCUCGAUCCUAACCAAUUACUGAGCACAAAACCCGAGGCUAGAGUAACUCAAUUGCAAACGCUCAAAGAUUUGAUCAGUGAUGUUGAAAAUGAUGAUGUUUAUCAAAGUGUAACCAAAGGAGCUAUUGGUAGACCCGAUCAAGGGCCUAAUUUACUGCGAAGAUUGACUCAGGCCACAAUCCAUGGAUCAAGAAGGUCAAGUAUAUCUCAAGGAGCUACCAAUCCAGCAUUCAAGGGGGAUUCUGAAUUAGGAUUGCCCGUAAAAAGUAAAAGGGGUUACACCAUUAACCCAAGUAGACGUAGCAGCAGAUUGGAGAGUGAAAAUAAUAAUGAAACUAUCCACAGUGAAUCUUCAUUUGGACGUGGUUUGAGGCCAGUUGAAAUGGAGCCUCAUGGAAGACGAAAAAGCAGUGUUGCUCUAAGAAGGCAACUUCAAGAAACAGACCACUCUCCAUUCUCUAUAUGGCCAGCUAAUUCACCUCGACCGAUGGGUCGUUUCGAAGUGGCAGAAGUUCGUCGAAGGAUGAGUAGUCUUCGCUUACCUACAAUCAGUGAUCCGUUGGAAGUUCACCGGGAAUCGAUUGCUGCGACACAACUUAUAAAUAUUAUUCCUUAAAGUUUCCAAGAACCGUCCAUUUUUAUCGUUAUAUCAUUACCAACUAAAUGGCCAAGUGUUGCUAAAUUAAAAUCUAUUUAUGAAAGCAUAAUUUGAUUAUGUAUUAAA